AUGGCCCUUUUCGUGUGGACAACCCCUCGACCGGACAUCCAUGCUUCCUUCCAGGCCUGGGAAGCCUCUUGGGACCACGACUUCAAACGCAACUACGAACCGCCAGACCGUCUACCCGAGUCCGGCAGCCUCUCCCGUCUGAUCCGAAGCAGCUCUAUAUCGUUGCUAAACUCAGACCAUUCCGUCAUGUUCACGGAGCAGGUGGCCACAAAUCUCAUGGGCACCCAAGUCAAGCUCUCGGUGAUGGCCGCCCAAGUCUGGGAAAGCUUCGAGGUCGACUGGAAGCGAGCCUCUGAUGCACGACGAAGAGCCUGCAUAGAGAAAGGCGUUUACUGCUCCGCGCUGUCGGCCCCGCCGUCUCAGGCGGAAACCGAGAGAAAGUGGUGCCCAGAAACGUCGGUCAAUCAUCUGGCUUCGGAUGGCGGUCAGGGGUACCUCAACCUGGUGAUGACUCUGACAUUGCCAGGGCAUGUCAUACACGCGGGACACAUCGCACCGAUUCUUCCGUCGCAUCCUGCCAUCGACCGGGUCAGCAACCUUUCCACGUACGAGCGCAACACUCCCGGCUUCAAGGCAGCUCUGCGAAUAUGGACUCUUUGGAGGGCCUAUCAUUUGACCCGUGUCGUCACCGAUAUAUUCCUCGUAUUCGUCACCAAACCUGUCUCAAUGGACAGCCUCAACUCCUCGAUGCGCACGGCCUUGCGGCACAUCACAGCCUCUCUUUCCCCAGAUGCAGCGAAGAAACUUGUCAUCGCAUUCAAGCAGACCCACCCAGAAGCAGCGGGCCCCAGGAAAGGUCCUUCAGGCACCCCUUGCCAUACUUGCGGCACUGCCUCGACUGGUGCGCAGCAAGGUGGCGCGAAGCUUCGGACCUGCAGUGCGUGCCGCAAGGUGAACCGGUUCGUAUACUACUGCUCGUCGGAGUGCCAGCGUCAAGACUGGAAGCACGGGAAACCGUACCCGCACAAGACGAUCUGCGGAAAGCUCCGCAGCGAACAGGAGAUCGAGGAGCUUUCGAACACGAAAGGCUUCUACUCUGCCGAAGAACUCAUGCCGAAAGCGGAGCCGUCGUUCCGGCGGUCGACCGCCCUCAACCGUCAGAUUUCUUGUCUGGCGGCAGACAUCCGGCUGGAUUAUGUCGUACGUGACAUGCCCUAUGUUUUGACCCAUCAGACAUGACGUUCACGU